CGUUUACACCCAACUCGUUCAGUACAUCAGCGCAAUGCGCGGCCGAAGAAAACAUGUCAAAAUCCUCAGCAGAACGAAUCGGAUACGUCCUCGAACAAUUAUUGCAGCGAACAAUCCCUGUAUAUCCUGAAGAUGACGAGGACGCCGUCGAGCAGCGACUCGACGAAGCGUUUGCCUUCUCGAGUGAACUUCUCCAAAAUUCGGAAGAGCCAUCAAUUACAGCAGAUGUGCAUCAUGCGGCAGAUCUCAUCAAGAAGCGACUGAUACGGGAUAAUCUUUCGCCCGAGAAGGCGCUCAAGUUCUCCAACCUGUACUCGCGGCUCCUUGCGCAACCAGUCCUGAGCCAAAAAUGGGCCAUGCUUUACUUCUUGCACCAGCUUACCGAUCCUCCUCUCCUCAAUCCUUUGCAAGAGUCGCGACCUUCGAUUCAUAAUCGCAUGCCUAGUCAGAACACAGCAAUUCAAUCGGACGUGCAGACAGACGAUCCGACUCCAAAGCGAGCAUUGCCCGGGCAAGAACGACAGUUUGAUGUCAAUAGUCCGGCUUUCAACGAAGCAUUCUCGAAUGCAGGCUUAUUAAGGCUCUCGAACGCUGAACAUUCAGGACAAGCAAGCCAUGAAAGACCAUUACCAAGGUCUCGGAGGGAGAAAUCAAAAGAAGAGGCGCAGGUCCACGCUGAUGCGACUACUCCUCCUGCAGCAGAACCGCCUCCCGAGCCUACACACCAUUUAUCUUAUGAUAUCUUGGAGCCAACAGAAGCGACUCUGCUACGCGACCUCCCCUUCACCCUCCAGGGCCUAUCAUCAACGAAUUUCGCCUUCCUAUCGAACAAAGUUUUGAAGCUCCCAAACACGUUGCCCGUGCCUUUGGUGAGCAUUUUGCACGCCUUAGCCGAACCCUGUCUGUUAUACAGGCGACUUUCCGAAUAUGUCGAGUCAGACGACGGCGGGCUCCUUGGCCAGAGUUUUCGCUCUGCCUUGAACAUUGAGCUUCGUGCAUACCUGCAGUUCGUUGCACAGCUCGAAUCACAGAUCAGACGAGCUUUGGCCCAGCUUCACGACGCAGAGCCGCGAAGGGGUAUCGGCAAAGCUGGCGUUACACUCAAGAGAUGCGUUCUGUGGAGCAGGGAGCCGACGGCCGCACUGCGGCUUCUCAACGUCAUGGUCGAGCAAGCGAGGGAGAAGAAGGGCGGGCAACUGAUAUCCAUGAUACAUUCGUUCGCUCUGAAUCACGGCGACCCAUUCGUCAAACAGGUCGCCGAACGUUUGCUUGCACACGUGGCAAAGCCAUUUUACGACAUGCUGCGGCAAUGGAUCUACGACGGCGAGCUGUCGGACCCGCAUGGCGAAUUUUUCGUCAUAGAGCAGCAGGAAAAGAUCGACGACAGCGACACCGUUGGCCGAAGAGGGGGCGCGACCAGCGUGUGGGAAGACAAGUACAAACUCGAGGCAACGAUGGUGCCCACGAUUCUCACCGACACGUUCGCCAAAAAAGUGUUUUUGAUUGGAAAGUCAUUAAAUUUCAUACGGCACGGCUGCUAUGAUGCGACCUGGGUACAGUCUUACUCGAGAGACGCUUCCCGGGAGCUCACGUAUGGGGAUACCGCGACAUUAGAGUCAAGCAUUGACGAGGCCUACAAGACUACAAUGGCACGACUCAUACACCUCAUGGCCACCAAGUUUCACUUAUUUGACCAUCUCGGUGCGCUAAAGAAGUACUUGCUUCUUGGAGCUGGAGAUUUCAUCUCCAUCCUGAUGGAAUCGCUUGCGGCCAAUUUGGAAAAGCCUGCAAACACACAAUAUCGACAUACACUAACUGCACAGCUUGAGCAUGCCGUACGCAACUCAAACGCGCAAUACGACUCGCCGGACGUCCUGAGACGGCUGGAUAGCCGCAUGCUUGAGUUGAGCCACGGCGAGAUUGGGUGGGACGUAUUCACGCUCGAGUACAAAAUCUCACCUCCCGUGGAUGUCAUCAUCACGCCAUAUGGCUCAAAGCAGUACUUGAAAGUAUUCAACUUCUUGUGGCGUGUGAAACGCGUCGAAUACGCGUUGAACACGACGUGGCGCAGAUGCAUGACGGGCUCUCGCACUGCGCUGAGGAACGUGGAAGACCUCACGGGGCGUGACUGGAAGACGGCAAGAUGCGUUGUUGCUGAGAUGGUGCAUUUCGUCUCGCAAUUGCAGUACUACAUCUUAUUCGAAGUGAUCGAAAGCUCGUGGAACGAGUUGGACCAAGCCAUGCACAAGCCGGACUCCACACUCGAUGAUUUCAUUCAAGCACACGCGAAAUACCUCAGCUCAAUCACGAGGAAGGGCCUGCUUGGAAGCGGCAGCAUUGACUUUACCAGCCAAUUGCAUGAGAUCCUCAAGACGAUGUUGUCUUAUAAGGACGCCGUCGAUGGGCUGUACGGCGUCAGCGUCGCGGAAAACCUGAAGCGACAGAACCUGUCGGCAAAGAUAGAGACCAGAACUGCGGCUGGGAAAUGGGGUCUUUCGGAGCGUGAUCGCGAUUCCUUUGAUCCGGACUCCGCAGCCCCUACUCCGUCUCUCAAGCUCGGUAAAGGGACCGAAUCAUCACCGCUUCUUCCUCUGCCAGCAGGCUUGUCUCAAGGUGUAAACGAGGAAGAUGUGUUGGUCUCGAUACGGAAACGUUUGACAGACUUGGCUGGCGAGUUCAAGGCGCGUGUCAACAUGCUGUUGGGAGAUCUGUAUUACCAACCUGACGCGGACAUGAGGUGGCUGGCUAUGGUGAUGAACUUUAAUGACGUGUACCAGCCAGUAAGGAGACGUAAGAGAACCGCUGGCAGCAGGGACAAGGAACGUGAAAAAGAAAAAGGCAAGGCGAAAGCUACGACCUGAGCGGUGUUGUGACGUGGUCUACACUUUUUGUCACACCUCAUCAGUCCUACGUCUCGCCGACUGCUCUGGGACGAGGGAUUCCCAUGUGCAUAACCCCAGAUCGUCAGCACCAAUUCGAAGCAGGUGAUUUGUCGCACUUAGAGAGGAGGCUGUGUUACAUCUUACAGGGUGGGGAGGAACACGCAUGAUCCAAACGAUGCACUGUGUGUGUAUUUCCUGCGUAUGUUCUUCGGAUCAUGUAGAAAAGGAGCAUGUGCUGAGGCCAAAUUAGGACUAUUGAAACCGCACAGAUGGAAAAGCACGAGGUGGCUGGCUUAUCUAGUGACGGGAUACGAAAUCGAGAUGACAUUAAAACGCAGAUCCUUUUGAAGUAGUUCGCGUACAGUGAUAUUCCUUGGAAUCCCACGUCAACAUUGGUCCUUUGAUGGGCCGAAAGUGCUUACUCAGGCUGGACAUGUACAGUUUCAAGAGAUGUCUGAGUCUGCGAUCACACCAUCGAGCGUUCCAGCUCGUACUCACAGUUCCAGCAAAGCGGUUCGAGUUAUGGCUUAGCUGUCGGUUGGAAGAAAAAAAAAUGCGCAGAAUAGAAAU